CAUUCCUGGACCUCAUUCCCACCUAACCCGGGCCCAGGAGGCCCUUGAAGGGAUUUCUUAAGGCCCUCGCGCUCUGAGCAGUCCAAGCCUGUAGGACUAUACCGGUGCUGGGACACAUUCUGGUCCCCGGAGACAGCUAGAGAGGGGGGCUGGGCCAGCCGGGCUCGCGAGACUCAGUUCUUUCCCAGCGCCUUGAUUCCGUUGCUUAAGCACCGAUGCGGUUCUCCUUCAGUUUCCUUUAAAAAUUCUUCCAUGUCAUUAGAUUCUACUACCUAAACCAUAGUCCUGGCAUCCCCAUUUACUCCUGAGAUGAUCUGAGCAUGCCCCCUCUCCUCCAGUUCCUUCCAGGGUUGUAGAGAACUCUCUUACCACUCUAGACCACUGUUUCCCUGUGGAGGUUGUGUUCUCAUGUGCCAUAUCAGUAUUCCCGUGCUGAGCUAUAUCCCUUAUUAGGAUCUCAAUGAGGACAUUACUGGAGGUUUUAAAACAGAAGUAAAACCUGAAAGUGUUCCGUUUGACCAAAUAAAAUCCCCAAGGCCUGCUGCUCUAGCCAUUCUCCCUUGCCUUUAUCUGGGUAGAGGAGAGAUGAUGGCACAGAUGCUAAGGGUUCCCUUGUGGACCACGUUAACCAGAAAUAUCUGAAGUUAGUUUUGCUUUCUUUCCCUCUUUCCUUUUUGCAUCUCUCUGAAUCCUAGUUCAUUUGCAUCUGAUUCCAGAACAGGCAUGCUGAGGAAGAAAGGCAGUAUCUGGGGUACAGAAUGUUUGGAUUAUGACACUCCUUCGUUUUACAGGCUCCUGGAAGAUGAAAGAGACUAUACAAGGGACCGGGCCUUGGGGGCCUGAGCCUUCAGGACCUGGCAUAGCCCCAGCUUACUCAAGCCCUAGGCGGGAGCGUCUUCGUUGGCCCCCACCCCCCAAACCCCGACUCAAAUCAGGUGGAGGGUUUGGGCCAGAUCCUGGGUCAGGGACCACAGUGCCAGCCAGACGCCUCCCUGUCCCUCGACCUUCUUUUGAUGCCUCAGCUAGUGAAGAGGAGGAAGAAGAGGAUGAGGAAGAUGAGGAAGAGGAAGUGGCAGCUUGGAGGCUGCCCCCUAGAUGGGGUCAGCUGGGAGCCACCCAGCGGCCUCGCCCUCCCCGCCCUCCCCAUCGAAAAACCUGCUCACAGCGCCGUCGCAGAGCUAUGAGAGCCUUCCAGAUGCUGCUCUACUCAAAAAGCACCUCGCUGACAUUCCACUGGAAGCUUUGGGGGCGCCACCGGGGCCGGCGGCGUAGCCUUGCACACCCCAAGAACCAUCUUUCACCCCAGGAAGGGGGUGCGACGCCACAGGUGCCAUCCCCCUGCUGUCGUUUUGACUCCCCCAGGGGGCCACCUCCCCCUCGGCUGGGUCUGCUAGGUGCUCUCAUGGCUGAGGAUGGGGUGAGAGGGUCUCCACCAGUGCCCUCUGGGCCCCCCAUGGAGGAAGAUGGAUUAAGGUGGACUCCAAAGUCUCCUCUGGACCCUGACUCGGGCCUCCUCUCUUGUACUCUGCCCAACGGUUUUGGGGAACCACCUGGGCCAGAAGGGGAGCGAAGUCUGGCACCCCCUGAUGCCAGCAUCCUCAUCAGUAAUGUGUGCAGCAUCGGGGACCAUGUGGCCCAGGAGCUUUUUCAGGGUUCAGAUUUGGACACUGCAGAAGAGGCAGAGCGGCCUGGGGAGAAAACUGGCCAGCAUAGCCCCCUGCGGGAGGAGCAUGUGACCUGCGUGCAGAGCAUCUUAGAUGAAUUCCUUCAAACUUACGGCAGCCUCAUCCCCCUUAGCACUGAUGAGGUAGUAGAGAAGUUGGAGGACAUUUUUCAGCAGGAGUUUUCUACCCCUUCCAGGAAGGGCCUGGUGCUACAGCUGAUCCAGUCAUACCAGCGGAUGCCAGGCAAUGCCAUGGUGAGGGGCUUCCGAGUGGCCUAUAAGCGGCAUGUGCUGACCAUGGACGACUUGGGGACCUUGUAUGGACAGAACUGGCUCAAUGACCAGGUGAUGAACAUGUAUGGAGACCUGGUCAUGGACACAGUCCCUGAAAAGGUGCAUUUCUUCAACAGUUUCUUCUAUGAUAAACUCCGUACCAAGGGUUAUGAUGGGGUGAAAAGGUGGACCAAAAACGUGGACAUCUUCAAUAAGGAGCUGCUGCUAAUCCCCAUCCACCUGGAGGUGCAUUGGUCCCUCAUCUCUGUUGAUGUGAGGCGACGCACCAUCACCUAUUUUGACUCGCAGCGCACCCUAAACCGCCGCUGCCCUAAGCAUAUUGCCAAGUAUCUACAGGCAGAGGCAGUGAAGAAAGACCGGCUGGAUUUCCAUCAAGGUUGGAAAGGUUACUUCAAAAUGAACGUGGCCAGGCAGAAUAAUGACAGUGAUUGUGGCGCCUUUGUGUUGCAGUACUGCAAGCACCUGGCCCUGUCUCAGCCAUUCAGCUUCACCCAGCAGGACAUGCCCAAACUUCGUCGGCAGAUCUACAAGGAGCUGUGUCACUGCAAACUCACUGUGUGAGCCUCGUAUCCCAGGCCUCAAGCCCAUUCAUUAAUGGGCAGGGGGACAUGGGAGACCCUUCCUUCCCAAGAAACUCCAAUUCCUUUCCUCUCUUGCCUCUUCCCACCCAACUCCCUUUGGUUUUUCAUAUUUAAAUGUUUUAAUUGAUUUCUGUAUUUUUUUUUCUUUUGAGAGAAUACUUGUUGAUUUCUGACGUUCAGGGGGUGGCUGUGGAAAAGCCCCUCUUUCCCUGUCUACAGGGGAGUAUGGCCUUGUGGCCUGGGUGGGGCAGUGAUCCCCCUUCCAUGUGUAUGGGUAGGCCCAGGAUAAUCUGUGCUGGGGGUGGUGGGCGGGCAAAGGGAUUACUGCCUGCCAGAUCUUCAAACUUUUUUUUAUAUAUAUAUAUAAAUGCCACGGUCCUGCUCUGGUCAAUAAAGGAUCCUUUGGAGAUA